UUAUGAAUGUUAUUGAAAUUUUAAUGGGUUACCCUUGUUAUAAACGGUUUUGGUUUGAUUUGGUCUAAUAAUUUGAUAGCUAUUGAAGAAGGAUUUUGUCAUUUGUUGACGGUCCCUAAAUAUGAACAGAGCGGAUAUCUGUCGAAUAUCCAACCUAAAACCAACUUCACCGCAGUAAAUGAAAGGCUGUUUAAAAAGAGUCAACAAAAAAAAACUUUAUGAAAGUCGAAAUUUUAAGUGGACAAUCAAACGGAAUUUUGAUCUGAUCAUAAGAAAGAGUCGCAUUCAAAGCAACUCUUUUAUUAUGAUUUUUUUGUUUGGUUGUUGGAGAAAUGCAUGUUGGGUAUUUCUAACGUUGCUGGCUGCAGCUUCAUCCUGAUAAAAGUGUUUUUUUCAUCUGUUUCAUAAAGGGAUUUUUGUGACUGAAGGAAGAUGCUCAUCCUGCAGCAGAAUGACGUCUGGAAAGAAUUCUGGUGUUCAUAAUGAACAAAUGAUGAGAUAGAGGUCAGCAGCAUCAUGAUUCCUGCGUGCGGAUUUAUGGUCUGGAACGGCCUCUGGAUCUGCGUUCACGUAACUCCUGCAGAGCAGCGGGACCGUGAACGCAGCACCGCGAAUUUAACGGGACCGUGAACUAACGGGAGUUCCGCCGUGACUCCGGGCGGGGGCGUUUUCUCCAGCCGACUCUCCGCACAGCCUCAGACUCGAUGGCAGCUUUCAGCGGAGCCCGGAGGAGCUGAAGGAGAGAGGAGGAGGAGCGGGGCCGACACUCUGCGCCCCCGGGGCCGUUAGGGUCCGGCUGGAACAGAGCGGUCACCGAGCAGUGACCGAGCAGUGACCGGCGCUGAGCUGGAAGCUGCGGCGGAACGCCUUUGGACCCAGUGAUUCCCAACGCUGAGCCCCCCUUUUGACUCAGGGACACCAUGGGGCCCCUUCCCGCUCACCUCCUCCCACUCGUCUUCCUGCUUCUCUUCCUGUGCCUCCCUUGCACCUCCCUCCGGCCUCAGGUUGUGGAGCGGAGCUCUGACCCUGAGGAGCCCCAAUCUUCUAACUCCACGGAGGCAGCAACGCAGGCAUGUUCGGGUGUGGUGGAGUGUAAACCCGGCAUCCUGCUGCCAGUGUGGCUGCCAGCCAACCCCCCUGUGGGGGAGCAGGCGGGGAGGGCUGUUCUCUAUUUCUUUUUUCUCAUGUACAUGUUCCUGGGCGUGUCCAUCAUCGCAGACCGCUUCAUGGCAUCGAUAGAAGUGAUCACGUCUCAGGAGAAAAAGGUGACCAUCACCAAACCCAACGGUGAAACCACAGUGACCACGGUACGGAUCUGGAACGAGACCGUUUCCAACCUGACCCUGAUGGCCCUGGGCUCCUCUGCACCUGAGAUCCUGCUCUCUGUUAUCGAGGUCUGUGGGCAUAACUUUAAUGCGGGGGAGCUCGGGCCCGGCACCAUCGUGGGGAGCGCCGCCUUCAACAUGUUUGUGAUCAUCGGCCUGUGCGUGUGGGUGAUUCCUGAGGGAGAGUCUCGCAAAAUCAAACACCUGCGAGUGUUUUUCAUCACCGCUUUCUGGAGCAUCUUUGCCUACAUCUGGCUCUACCUCAUCCUGGCCGUCAUCUCCCCGGGGGUCGUGGAGGUGUGGGAAGCUGUGGUGACGCUGCUGUACUUUCCGUUGUGUGUACUGCUGGCUUGGAUUGCCGACCGCCGCCUGCUCUUCUACAAAUACAUGCACAAGCGUUACCGUGCCGACAAGAGGCAUGGCAUUGUGGUGGAAAUGGAAGGAGACCUGGCCCCCAAAGGCAUUGAUGUUAUCAUGGACAGCAAGCUGGCAGAGAGCGUUUCGUGCCCCGGGAACUCCUCCAGUGUUACCGUCUCAGUGCAGACUGGAGGUGAACUGGACCAGAACCAGGAGGAGGUGGUUCGUAUCCUGAAGGACCUGAAGGAGAAACACCCGGACAAAGAUCUGGACCAACUGAUUGAGAUGGCCAACUACUCUGCUCUGGUGCAAAAGAAGAAGAGCCGCGCUUUCUACCGCAUCCAGGCCACACGUAUGAUCAUCGGAGCCGGAAACGUCUUAAGGAAACACGCCGCCGACCACAAACGGCGUGCGGCAGGCCAGGACAGCGACAGAGACACGUGUUCGUACAUUUGCUUUGAAAGUGCUCUGUAUCAGUGCACAGAGAGCUGUGGAUCCCUGACCCUGGCUGUGGUCUUGGAUGGGGGUACGGGCCAAGACACCUUCUAUGUAGACUACUGCACUGAAAACGGGUCGGCCAACGCCGGAUCGGACUAUGAGCUCACCGAGGGAACGCUUGUGUUUAAACCAGGAGAAACUCGCAAAGAGAUCAAGGUGCGCAUCUUGGACGAUGACAUCUUUGAAGAAGAUGAACACUUCUUUGUGCGCCUUCAGAAACUGCGGCUGGAGGAAGGGGGAGCUGAAGGGACAGGAACUCCACCCAAGGGCAGACUGGUGGAGCCUCUUCUUGCCACGGUCACAAUCUUGGAUGAUGACCAUGCAGGGAUUUUCACCUUUAAGCAGCAGGUACUGCGGGUGAGCGAGAGCACUGGCGUGCUCACACUAAACGUGGUGAGGAACUCUGGCUCCAGGGGCACGGUGGCUGUGCCGUAUCACACAGAGGACGGCAGCGCCAAAGCUGGAGUGGACUAUGAGGAAACCAGAGGGGAGCUGGAGUUCACCAACGAGCAAACCAGUCAGACAUUACAGGUGCGCAUCAUCAACGUGGAGGAGUACGAGAAGCAGGAGAACUUCUUCAUUGUGCUGGAAAACCCCAAGUGGCUGAAGCGAGGACUGUCAGCACUGCUGCUGAAUCAGGGAGCCCCAGCCCCCGAGGAGGCGGAGGCUCGGAGGAUCUGUGAGAUGGGCAAGCCCAUUCUGGGGGAACACAGCAGGCUGGAGGUCAUCAUACAGGAGGCCUGCGAUUUCAGGUGCACUGUGGACAAACUCAUCAAAGAUACCAACCUGGCUGGAGUGAUCGGCACGCAUUCCUGGAAGGAGCAGUUCAUGGAAGCGCUCACAGUCAGUGGAGGUGAUGGGGAUGAGGAGGGACAGGAGCAGCAGAAGCCCAACUGUUUUGACUACUUCAUGCACAUAUUGUGCAUUUUCUGGAAGAUUCUGUUUGCUUUAGUCCCCCCCACUCAGUACUGGAACGGCUGGGCCUGCUUCCUUGUGUCCAUAAGUGUCAUUGGUAUGUUAACAGCUGUGAUCGGUGACCUGGCCUCCCACUUUGGCUGCACUGUUGGCCUCAGAGACAGCGUCACCGCAGUGGUCUUCGUAGCUCUGGGAACGUCAGUUCCAGACACUUUUGCAAGUAAAGUGGCAGCCAUUCAGGACCAGUAUGCAGACGCGUCUGUGGGCAAUGUGACCGGAAGCAAUGCGGUGAACGUGUUUUUGGGCAUCGGCUUGGCCUGGUCUGUGGCUGCUGUGUACUGGGAGGUCAAAGGGAAGCCCUUCGAGGUGGAUCCGGGUUCACUGGCCUUCUCCGUCACACUUUUCACCAUUUUUGCCUUCAUUGCUAUGGCAGUGUUGAUGGUACGCAGAAGACCCUCCUUUGGUGGUGAGCUAGGAGGACCACGGGUCAGCAAAGUUCUCACCACGCUGCUGCUCUUUGGGCUGUGGUUCCUCUACAUCCUGUUCUCCAGCCUGGAGGCCUACUGCCAUAUACAAGGCUUCUGAUGAAGCAGAGCAGACCAGCAACCAACACCAGAGCUCCCACCUGGAUUCUGCACUCAGAGUCACCAACGCCGCGGGCCAAUCCGUGUCCCUACCUAACAACUGCUGCCAUAGUUGAUUAAAGCGAUACAGACUUGUGCUCUAACCGCACCUCCACCCUUCAGGACUCUUCCGGUCAGAAGGACAAAGCUGAUCCUUUCCUUCUAGGUUGAACCAAACCCUGGAUUUGAGGUUUAAGCGUGCCCCAGCACCCCCACCCCCGUCAGAGUGUGGGACUCUGGGAGAUGAGGUGAGGUGCUAACCUGAGAAACUGCUCUUCUGUAGAAAAAUAUCAAUAGAAGAGCUGAGUUCUGCGGGACACUGACUCAAGAACACCCCCCAUACUGAUGCUCCUUUAGCUUCCUGAGGAAGUAACUUGACCGUAUGUUCAGUUGACUUUAUUGUCAUUUUACUGUCAGAAACCACCAACUGGUUCCAUUUUGAAAAGUGUCCUACCAGCCAGUAACAAGCUGUGAUUUUCUGUGGUCAGAUGUAAGCCUGUGACUCCACGCUGCAGCUGAAUUUAAACUCUAAUGUCUAUUCUAGUUUUGAUGGGAAUUUCACAAAAUGAAUCAGUUUAAAAAUUAUACAAUCCAUGUUGAUGAAGCACCUUGUUCGUGUCCAUUCUGAUGAUUCUUUCACCCUCAAUGUUUUAGUGUUAAUCAUUCAAUCAUAUCUGUCAGAUUUAUUGUAUUUGAGCUGAUAUGAAGACUGUGUAUUUUAAUUUAUUGCAAUUUAAAAAAAUACAUUGAAAUUUCAAACGACA